CAUAACGCAUGGGCUUCUACCGCGUUCAGGGACAUUUCGCGCGAUGCUUCCAGCAGUUCACAUACCUCUCCCUUGCACGCUAGACUGGAUCAGAGACGACGAACGUACUUCCGCUCCGCACGGCUCACUGCCUCGAAUAUUCUCCUCGUUCGUUCUCGCCACCAUCCGCAUUGACACCAGCGGCCCUCCCGUGAUCCCUGCUUCGAGCGACCUCCUACCUCCCUCCUCCUUCCUCCUUCCUCCUGAUUCGUGCCCGGCCAAGCAAACGGAAUCCAUGGCGGGAACAUACGCUGGUGAUGCGCCUCGGCGCAAGAACCAGAAAGGACAGGCGCAGAGCGCGCAAGUAUGGCGGAACAUGAACGACGGGAAAUGGGGGACACGUGGCGAAUGGUGGGCGGUGGUUCAGCUCAUCCCGUUCGCCCUCGUUCUCUACCCUCCUCCGUCUCUCCUCCCCGCCUUCCUUCCCGCCUCAUUCUGCGCUUCCCCCUCUCCCAAUGCGGCCUCGCUGGGGCUCCUCUCCUUCGACGCCAUACGCGUUACUGGCGUUUUGCUCGCUAUAAGCUCCUGCGUCUUCUUCGUAUCCGCGCUAAAAGACCUUGGAGAGAGCUUGACACCUUUCCCGAAGCCCGCAGCCGCAGCAACUCUUCAGACAGGAGGCUUGUACUCGAUUGUGCGUCAUCCAAUAUACGCUGGAGCUAUUUUCUUUGGUGCUGGGCUGACACUGGCAACAUGCAGCAGCGAUAGGUUGGUGUACACUGUACUUUUGGCUAUGUUUUUGGACAGAAAGGCGAGUGUAGAGGAGGUAUGGCUCAAAGAGAAAUUUGGACAGCCAUACGUAGGAUACAGUAGCCGGGUGAAGAAGCUGAUCCCUUUGGUCUACUAGUGGGGAAUAUGACACAGAGGAGAUGAUCUGGCAACUUGGCAAGAGGAAUGCUGCUGAUGUGCCUUGAUAACCAGUUCCAGGCAUGCUGGUACAUGGUUUAUAGCAUACGGUAAUAAUGCAGGCCCGCUGGCAUUGGCCUACUUGUUAAGCUAGGAAAAACUAAGCGGCCAUAGUAU